CGUAAUGAAACAGUGACCUCUGUGGUGGUCGGAAAACCCUCAAUAUUCUGGCCCUGUAUGGUUUGAUUUGAUUAUGGCAUUGACAGUGCCACAAAAGCAUGUUGGAGUGGCAAAUUCGAUAUCCGUUUAUAAACACAGGGUCACUACAGUUAUUGUUAUUUUGGGUCGGAAACAUUAUUUCGAGUUAAUUAAAUGAGGGGGGAGGGUGUUCCAUUUAUUUUACAAUACAAAAGGAGGGUCAUGUGAAAAUAUGUUUAAUGUUGGGAAGAGGGGUGCAUUUUUUAUGACACCUUGAGUCGGACCAGCCCAUCCCGCCAAGUAAAUGUGGAUAUGUCCCUAACCUUAAAUCAAGACCAAGAAGCAAAUGUUUUUUUCAUGAAUUUUUACGAUAUAGCCACAUUGACUUUGUGGCUGCUGUAACCAAUAAAAAUCCACGCCUCGACCCGGAAGAACAUGUGACGUAUGCCGUUCGAGGUGUUUCAGGUCAGUCGGACAACAACACUGCUAACAGCACUAGCUACAUUUAUUUUGUAGCUAACGUUACAUAGCGCAUAUUUACAAAGAUUUGUAAGUGCGUUGUGAUUUCGACAAAAAUGUCAUUUUUGCAAGGACAGAUUGGAUCCAUUUUGGAGAUAAUGGUCAGCGCGACUGUUACAGAAAUUAGCAAAGUUAUCGAGGGUUCUGCCUCGUCUGAAGUGCCAACAACGGGAGAGAACGCGAGUGAAACCCCAAACGAACAGUUGACCCAGUUGACCUCUUUCAUGGAGAUACUGGCUAAGGAGGCUGUGGACAAAAUCUACAAGCUAUUCAACGAGUGCUCCUCUGUUCUGCAUCUGGAAGUGUCUCGGAGUCAAACUGAGAAUGAGGACUUGAAGAAGAGGCUAGAUGCGAUUGAGACCGAACUGAGGACUGUCUUAGAAGGGAGUGGAGGACAAGAGAACACAUCAGCCAAUGGCUGCUGCAGUGAAGUCAAGGUCAUCCACCAGUUAAAAGGCACACAACCAGGCUUUUGCGCUGGUGAUGCAGAAGUGAAACGAUCCCCCAUCCUCCACCUGUGGAAAGGGAGACUUCCCUCAACUGUAAACGAGCACUCCAACAUGGAGGACACGAUCGAGUCAGUUAUUAUCAAAGAAGAAGGGUUGGAAGAGUACCUGUACAACAGCACAUCAGACCCAAGUCAUUUUUUAGAUAGCCAGGCCCAGGAGGUGAGUGACCCAGAGAACCCUACAGCGGACCCAAAGGACAAAGGUGGCGACACAGGGCCAAAGCGUUUCAGAAAUCCAAAGAUCACAGGGGCUCGUCGGGCAAAGCCCAAAAAGGAGAACCACCUUAGCUGCAAGCACUGCAGGAAGACAUUCAGCAAACUGAUCCAGCUGAAAGCUCACCAGGCGAUCCAUGCAGCAGCGGAGAAACCUUUUAACUGCAAACAGUGCGGCAGAGGUUUUUCCUUUAAACGCAGUUUGGAUGCACACCAGCUGCUUCACACAGGAGAGAGACCGCACACCUGUGGCGAGUGUGGUAAAGCUUUCACCCUAAAGCAGCUGCUCAAGAAUCAUCAGAGACUCCAUGCAGGGUUGAGACCGUUCCGCUGCGACGAGUGUGGCAAGAGCUUUAACCGGGCCCACGGUCUCAAGAUGCACCAGAUCGUCCACACGGGAGAGAGGAAAUACAGCUGUGAGAUCUGCAAGAAGAGUUUCAGCAUACCAGGAAAUCUCCACAGGCACCAGCGUAUACACACGGGUGAGAAACCGUUCCGUUGCGAUACGUGCGGGAAAAGCUUCAACCAGGCAGACACUCUGAAAGGCCACCAGCGGAUCCACACAGGAGAGAGGCCAUUUACCUGUGAGACGUGCGGGAAAUGUUUCAUUCAAAGAAGUGCUCUGAAAAUGCACCAAAGAACCCACGCAGGAGAGAGCGCCUUUCUCUGUGUGGUGUGCGGGACAGUCCUGGCUUGCGUCAACUCUCUCAAGACACACCUUCAGACUCACACAGCAGAGAUGCCUUGUAGGUGCUCAGUGUGCGGUAGUAGUCUCAGUUCUCUCACUCACCUCAAAUCGCACCAGCAACUCCACACUAUGGAAAAGCCGCACAGCUGUGGCCUAUGCAACAAGAGCUUCAAGUCGGUCAGCUACCUGAACAUACACAUGAAAACUCACACUGGGGAGAGACCGUUCACCUGUGACGUGUGUGGAAGGAUGUUCACUCAACACAGCAGCCUGAAAACCCACCAGGCGGUCCAUACUGGGGAGAAGCCUUUCAGCUGUGAAACGUGUGGGAAAUGUUUCAGCAACACUGGGAACCUCAACAGGCACCAGCGGAUACACACUGGAGAGAAGCCUUUUAGCUGUGACCUCUGUGGGAGGAGCUUCAACCAGGGCAACAGCCUCAAAGCCCACAAACAAAUCCACACAGGAGAGAAACUUUACAUGUGCGACAAAUGCGGGAAGAGUUUUUCCUACCUGAGGAAUCUGAAAGAUCACAAGUGUUACUAUAUCUAAAACCAAUAGGCAUAGCCUCUUAUUGCGAUGGACCACACUUACUUGGUUUGAACAAUUGUCUCGGCAUUAAAAAUGCAUUUAUAGGUCAGUGAGUGGCAUACUGACAUAUGAAGCGUACUGAUAAGAUUGGUUGUCAAAACAGCCUUAUUCAAAUUAUUUAAUUUUAAACAUGACUUGUUUUCGAAAUCAACUUUGAUUUUGAAAAAUGAAUAACCAGUUGCCUUUGUUGGGUAGAAGGACUUGGAUUGGCUGGUGGUCCAGUAACUUUUCAAUGGAGCAAAGCCUCAUUUAUUUGAGAAGGAUAUACAUCUGUAACCUUUUGUCUUGUGUACCUUUUUAUUACUGCUGUCUCAGAUUUGUGAGCCAAUGGUAAAUAAAACUCUUGAAAUUA